AUGCGCGAGCUGUCCGAGAAAGUUAUAACUUGCGAUGUUCUGAUUGUCGGUGGCGGUGCAGCAGGUCUGACUGGCGCUGCAACAACCGGAGGGCUCAAGACCAUCCUGGUUGAAAGGCAGAAAACGUUAGGAGGCAAGGCAACUUUGUCAAGCGGAAUGAUCUGGAUGCCAGGAAAUCCGACCGCCGAGUCUUGGCAUGUAUGGAAGUCUCGUCGACUCACAGAUGGAAAAGAGCAGGGAAAAACAUAUAUCGAGAACGCUGUUGCGAUGUCCGACCAACACGGCAACGGCGUUUUGUCGACAACAGCCCGGAGGCGCAUCGACGCGUUUCUAACCAAAGGGCCCGAGAUGAUUGAUUUUCUCCGUGGCCGGGGGUUCAAGUGGAUGAAAGCGCGCUCAAGCUUCCCCGACCAUCAACCCGGGCUGGAUGGGGCACUGCCAGCCGGCGGCCGUACGCUCGAUCCGGCCGUCUUCGACGUAGCAUCGCUAGGUUCGCUAGGGGAAUACCUAUCCCAUGAGGAUAAGGCGCCUCUGGUUUUGCGAUUUGAGGACUUUCGUGUGUUGACACGCCCAUUUGCAUCCGUCCAAGAUUUCCUCAAGGCCGGCCGGAUGCGUCUGAGGUCCUCGCUCUACUCUCUCUACUUCAAACGCCCGGCAUCAAUGGGACGAUCGCUCGUUGCGCAGCUGUUAUCCAUCUGUAAAGGUGCUGGGAGCACUGACAUAUACACCGAAACAGAGCUUAUUGAACUAUGGUAUGACGAUGGCAUCGUCAUGGGCGGCUCCUUGAAGAGGGGAGAAGAGACUUUUAAAGUACGAGCACUACGCGGCGUGCUUCUGGCCACGGACGACUUCGGCGAGUACCGAGGAAUGUCAGAUAUUGGAUUUCCAUUAGGCGGCAACGAAGACAACAAUCCGAGUGAUCCUCAACACGCCGAUGGACAUGCAGUGGCACUAUGCCAGAGUGUGGGGGCAGAGUCGUGCGUGACGCGUGAGGUUGGGGGAAUUCCAACGAUGAAGGAGCCGCGCACAGGUAGAACGACUCAGGCGAUAUUUGAGAUCUCCAAGCCGUUCUCUAUCGUCGUCGAUAACCAAGGGAAUCGAUUCUUCGCGGAGUCCAGACCGCACGGCGAUGCGGCCAGGUCCAUGUACGCCAGAGCCGAAGGACGCGUAGCCCAGGAUGCGAGGGCUUGGCUAGUUCUGGACCAGAACUAUCGAAAGAGAUAUACGCUGGGUGGUACCCAUCGAUGGACUGACAUUACAAAAGCUCUUAGCGAGGGCAUCCUCCUAGAAGCGGAUACUGUGGGCGCCUUGGCAGACAAGAUGGGCAUCGCAAGGCAGGCACUCGAAUCUACCAUCCGACGCUGGAACGAAAUGUGCGGCUAUGGAAAGGAUAUCCAUCACAAAAGAGGCGACGACGACUACCAGAGGAUUAUGGGAGACCCAAGAGUUACGCCGAAUUCCUGCCUGGGAGCCAUUGAGCGCGCUCCGUUCUAUGCCGUUCGGAUUUCUCCCGGCGAUGUUGGAAGAAAGAAGAGACUCUCGACGGACGAACACGGCAGGGUUUUGCAAUCUGAUGGGAGGGCCAUCCCAGGUCUCUAUGCUGCGGGGGACACAUCCGCUUGUGUUCUGAGAGCCGCAUCUCUUGGUGCCGGCGGAACGCUUGCAUCAAACAUGGUGUUUGCCUAUUCUGCCGUCCAGCACAUGUUGCAAUUGCAGGGUAGCCCGAUGAGGAACCGAGGACUCGCAGACGAGAAGACCAUUGACGCGAGCGAACUAGAGCGGAGCCAGGAUUGA